CUCCGCCAUCUUUUCGCAGUCGUGACCUCAGAGCACUCCCUGAGAUUCUACAAUACCUACGGUGCCUUAUUGAAGAAGAGACAGUUUCGAAAAGCCGCUAUGAGUGCAGAACACGACCCCGCUCAGCGGGUCGCGAUUGGGAUCUCCUUUGGGAAUUCUUACAGCUCGAUUGCGUUUACCACGGCUGAAGGCAAAGCAGAGGUCAUCGCGAAUGAGGACGGAGAACGCCAAAUACCCUCGAUAUUAUCCUAUGUCGAAGGAGAAGAACUACAUGGAGGACAGGCGAAGAGCCAGCUUGUGCGCAAUGCAAAGAAUACAGUCGCGUACUUCAGGGACUUUCUGGGCCAAGAAUUCAAGUCGAUAGAUCCCACGCCUUGUCACCAGUCCGCGCAUCCAGUGCAACACGAGUCGACCAUCGCAUUCAAAAUCCGGGAUACCGCGGAGGACAAGGAGAAUGAGGUCACAGUCUCUGAGAUUACCACCCGGCACUUGAAGAGGCUACGGAGCUCCGCGUCGAACUAUCUUGGAAAAGACGUUAAUGCUGCAGUCAUUACCGUGCCGACCAACUUCUCGAAUGCGCAGAAGGAAGCACUGAACAAGGCUGCCAAAGAGGCAGGCAUUGAGGUUCUCCAAUUCAUCAGCGAGCCCGUCGCUGCGGUAUUGGCGUAUGACGCUCGACCAGAGGCCAAAAUGGCAGACAAGAUUAUCGUCGUGGCGGACCUCGGCGGUGCCCGAUCAGACGUUGCUGUCAUCGCAUCCCGCGGCGGCAUCUACACCGUUCUAGCAACGGUCCACGACUAUGAGGUCACUGGCCUGAAAUUGGAUCAGGUCCUUAUGGACCACUUUGCUAAGGAGUUCCUCAAGAAACACAAGUCGGCGGGCGAUCCACGGGAAAACGACCGCGCCUUAGCUAAGCUAAGACUGGAAUGCGAGGCAGUCAAGAAGGCCCUGUCGAUAGGGACCAGCGCCAACUUCUCCGUCGAGAGCUUGGUGGGUGGUAUCGACUUCACAGCUACCAUCAACCGUACGCGGUACGAUCUCCUUGGUAACAAACUCUUCGCUGCUUUCGUACGACUCGUAACGCACGCUGUCGAGAAAGCCGAGCUCGAUCCUCUCGAUAUCUCCGAAGUUAUCAUCGCAGGUGGCAACGCCAAUACGCCCAAGGUUGCUUCCGCACUCGGAGCUGCCUUCCCUGAAUCAACAACCAUUCUCGCACCGUCAACCUCCGCGACCGCCAUCAACCCCUCCGAGCUGUCCGUUCGCGGCGCCGCUAUCCAAGCCAGCCUCGUCCAGGAGUUUGAGCUAGAAGACAUUGAGCAGAGUACACAUCCCAUGGUCACCGUAACUCCUCAUCUGUCACACGCAGUGGGCGUGCUCUGCAUCUCCGGCGAAGAAUCCUCAGGCAUCUUCCACCCCAUUAUCGAUGCCGAGACGCCCCUCCCGGUCCGAAGAAUAGCUAUCAUCGCCACACCAAAGGAAGGCGGCGACGUGCUCAUCAAGCUCGCUGAAGGCUCACGGCACAUCAAGGUCACGAAACCAGAGCCCAAGCCGAAGAAGAAGUCGGAGGAUGACGAGGAUGACAGCGACGAGGACGAGAGCGACGAAGAGGAGGAGCUUCGGGAGAAGACAUGGAAAGUGGGCAAAGUACUGAGCGAAGCCGCCAUCAAGGGCAUCAAGAAGGGCGGCAAAGUCGAGGUGCAGAUCAACAUCGCGGCGGAUCUGGGCGUGAACGCCAUCUUUAGGGAAGUUGGCGGUAAGGGCGGCGUGAGAGGAAUAAUACAACCACCAAAGGCGACGCAGAACGGCAGUGCAUGAAAGAGGAGGUAUGGCGGCGGUGAUGACUGAUGACGAAAAUAUCUUUUGAGCUUUAUAGAUAGGUUGGAUUUUGCGCAAACGGCUGGGCUAAUCUUUUGCGGAUGGGCCGGGCAUGUGGGCGUAGAUAGACAGGUUGAGGAGCGAGGGAGCUUCUGUAUCUGAAUGGCAUUUGAACAUUGCAGC